ACUGGUCCUCUAGCAGAGACAAACGAAAAACUAUGUCUGUCAUCUGCGCGUUUACGAGUUACUUCCUUAAACAUAGAGCGUCGUCGAAUAAAUGUGAGAAACACAAGGUAGAAGCAAUAUGGGAAUCCCACCAAAAACUGUCAACGACCUGGUCAUGCUCUUUAUGAAUGAUUUGACUUCUCGAAUCGUCGCCCAAACUGGGAAUCCAGAGGACCGCUUUCAUCUCGGUAAAAUUAUACUCCAGAGCUUCAAAGAUGCGCCGGAUUUCAUCAUGCAGAUCGAUGGAUUAACAGGCGAGACAGUUACAUUCGCCCAAGCCUUAGAGAGGACGGUGCGUUGUGCCCGAGCCUUCCGCAGCAUAGGUUUGAAGACUGGUGACGUCAUGGUGCUCAUGUCGCCCAACUAUUCCGACCUUGCUAUAGCAUUCUAUGCUGCUUUAUAUGAAGGCGUCAUAAUAUCUCCUGUGGAUAUGGGACUGGGUGCACAGGAAAUCAAGAAUGCCUUCGAAGUAAACAAGCCCAAGAUAGUAUUAUGUCAUUCAAGUAAGGCGGGGGAUGUGGAGGAAGCCCUCAAAGCUGUCAAAUUGGACUCGCCGAUAGUAUUAUUUGACAAGGGAGAUCAAUUUUUGACGUUUCCCGAAUUUAUGAAGAAAUAUACAGACGAUUCUCCGAUUGAGAGCUAUAAGACGAGAGACUUUGAACCAAAGGACACAGUUGCCAUCUUGGUAGCUACUAGUGGUACAACUGGUCUACCCAAGUCUGCAGCCUGUACACACAAGAAUUUGGCUAUAGUGCAACCUUACUUAUGGUCUAGAUUCACAAGCUUCCCCACUCCGACCCGCCUGGCUAUGGUGUGCACCACAUUGCAGUGGAUGACUGCGUUGAUGAACUACUUGACUUCACCGAUAAUGAGGUUCACCAGACUACAGUCCUCGGCACCGAUGAUUCCGGACCACGCGUAUGACCUCAUUAACAAAUAUCGGCCCACAUUCACCAUAAUGUCUCCUACGUUGAUGUCGAGCCUGCUGACUCCUGGGCUCAGAGACAGGUGUGACUUCAGUAGCUUCGAAGUCAUUCUGUUGUCGGGCAGUGCCGUCCACCAGGAACUUAUCAACGAAAUCGAGAAAGUAAUACCAACCGUGCAAGCGUCAAUCUGCUAUGGAAUGAGUGAGCUGAGCGGCAUUGGGUUCCACAGUGUGUACCCCGCACGGGGCGCGUGUGGACACCCUUUAGGAUGCUUCCAAUUUAGAUUAAUCGAUGUGGAAACACUAAAGGAUAUUCACGAGCCGCGCGUCAAUGGAGAGCUAUGGGCGAAAGGGCCCGGCAUAAUUAAUACAUAUUACAACAACCCAGAGGCGACCAAGCUGACGUAUGCCGAAGACGGUUGGUUCAAAACCGGGGACCUUUUCUAUAGAGACGAACACUCCAACUAUUAUUUUGUGGAGCGAAUCAAACUCCUGCUCAAGUAUAAGAAUCAUCAGAUAUCGCCAGUAGAAGUGGAGGGGGUGAUUCUACAACACCCAGGUGUGAUGGACGCCGUGGUUGUCGGCGUCCCUGAGCCGUCCAGCGGGGAGCUGGCCGUCGCUUGCGUCAUCAGGCGCCCUGGCUGUGACGUCACUGCCAGCGAGAUUAAGCAACUUGUCAAAAAAUCGCUGGCCGAUUCGAAGCAGUUGAGGGGAGGCGUUAUCUUCCUUGACUCUUUCCCAACCACGGCCACCUCCAAAGUGCACCGAAUGAAAUUGAAACAGAUGGCGCUCACUAUGCACAGAGAAUAAAUGAAUUAAAAAACGA